AUCCUCCGAUUGGCUGUUCGGGAAAUGGGCGGGGCUUUAAGUGGCAUAGUGCUUUUAAUAUGAUGCCUCUUUCAUUGAAAAACGAUACUGUGGUUGGAUUUUAGCUGAUAAUUCGUGAAUUACGGACAUGACGGAUCAAGGUGUCCGUGUGUGAAAUAUGGAUCAUGAAGUGGGAGAGAACUCCUUUGAACAUGGAAGAUUGGGAGCUCUCAGCCGCUGGGGGAGAUUUCUUUGUGGCCCGCGGAAUCUCAAGUUUAAAGAUGUGUUUACAUGGCAGCUCUGUAAAACUAUCGCAAUGGGUCAAGCCCUGUCCAUGCUGAUAUGUGGGACAGCGGUUACAUGUCAGUAUUUGGCGGAUGCCGGGGUGGAGACGCCAAUGCUGCAAAGCUUCCUCAAUUACACCCUGCUGCUGCUCACCUAUACUUUAGUGUUAGCCUUUAGGAGAGGUGAAAAUAAUAUUGUUCAAAUUUUAAAAACAAAGUGGUGGAAGUAUUUACUGAUGGCUCUAACGGAUGUGGAAGCCAACUACACGGUUGUGAAGGCAUACCAGUUCACCACCCUUACAAGUAUACAGCUGCUGGACUGCUUUGUGAUCCCGGUUCUGAUGGUGCUCUCGUGGAGCUUCUUGAAAACUCGCUACAGACCGUUGCAUUUUAUUGCUGUGGCUGUGUGCUUGCUUGGAGUCGGUGCGAUGGUGGGAGCUGAUCUGCUGGCAGGGAGAGACCAAGGCUCAAGUAGUCAUGUGUUGUUGGGGGAUGGACUCGUGCUGGUCAGUGCUGCUCUGUACGCAGUGUCUAACGUCUGUCAGGAAUACACCGUGAAAAACCUGAGCAGGGUGGAGUUCUUGGGCAUGAUGGGAUUCUUUGGGACACUCAUCAGUGGUGUGCAGAUGGCUAUACUUGAAUCCAAAUCUAUACCGGUCAUCAGCUGGAACUGGACAAUAUGCCUGCUCUUUGUUGCGUAUACUCUGUGCAUGUAUGGGCUGUACAGUUUCAUGCCUGUAGUGGUAAAGAUGACCAGUGCCACAGCUGUGAACCUCUCACUGCUGACUGCUGACCUCUUCAGUCUCUUCUGUGGGAUAUUCCUUUUUCGUUACAAUUUCUCAGGCCUGUAUAUUGUGUCUUUUGUGGUGAUCACACUUGGUUUCAUCAUGUUCAACAUUGUACCGACCGGCACAGCAGAUCUGUCGUAUGAUACUAAUGACAGCGCGUAUCAUCUGGCUUCAUCUGUGAAUGUCCAACAACAUGGAGAUACUGUAGUAGACUGGCUGCAAAAAGAUGGAUAAGAGAAUGAAGACGGGAAAGGAUCCAGUCAAAGAGCACAUUGCGGCGGAUUCUGUUCUGAUGUAAAAGCUCUACAAUGUAGAGUACAGUAUUGAAUUUUACAGAUUUACUUUAGAAGGGUCUAUAUUUUUGCCAAAGGCAGUUUAAUCUGUUAUUUAUGGAUUUUAAAUCCACAUCAGUGUGCCUUGUCUAUUUUUUUAUUUAAACCAAUUUUGCAUAAAUGUUAUUUAAAUGUGCGGAGACUGAAGUUCACAUACAUAAAAAAUAAACUGCAGAACAUUUUCACCUUUCACUACAAUGAUCUGGACCGUAUUCCUUAAAGGGUGCUAAUCUCAAUUCCAGGUGCUGCUUCUGGGAUCAUUACUUACAUUAACUUUCUUUAUCUUUGUAACAUUCUUUUAAUUAACACUUGUAUGCUAUUUUUGUUUGAGUUAUGAAAUGACUACAAAACUGUAGAUCAAAAAUAACUCUAGUUGAAUGAGAAAUUGAAUACAUCCAUCAUAUCAACUUGUUACAUUUAUUAUUAGUUUUUCAUUUGCUUUUUUGUUCACUGUUGUCUAUGUUCGAAAAUGAUUGUGACCAUUAAAGUGGUUUUAUUAUUCAGAA